AUGUACCAAUUGGAUAUUACAUUAAGACGAGGUACUAACUUAGCAGCUCGUGAUCGAAGAGGAACAAGUGAUCCAUAUGUGAAGUUUAAACUUGGUGGAAAAGAAAUCUUUAGAAGUAAAACAAUCAGUAAGAAUCUUAAUCCUGUUUGGGAGGAAAGAACUUCCAUUUUUAUUGAACACUUAAGGGAACAACUGUAUAUAAAGGUUUUUGAUUAUGAUUUUGGACUUCAAGAUGAUUUUAUGGGGUCAGCUUUUUUGGACCUGAAUUCCCUAGAACAAAAUAGGCCUGUUGAUGUUAUAUUGAGUCUGAAGGACUCACAUUAUCCAGACCAAGCUCUUGGGACUAUAUUGUUAAACGUGUUGCUGACCCCAAAAGAGCAGCAGAGGGAAGGGACAAUGCUAAUGAGGAAGAGUUGGAAAAGAACAAGUAAGUUUCAGACCCAGAGUAUACGUCUGUCAGACCUGCACAGAAAAGCUCAGUUAUGGAGAGGAAUAGUCAGUAUCGUUUUAAUUGAAGGUCAUGGACUCAAAGCCAUGGACUCAAAUGGGCUGAGUGAUCCAUAUGUGAAAUUUCGGCUGGGACACCAAAAGUACAAGAGUAAGAUAAUGUCAAAAACCUUGAAUCCCAGGUGGAGGGAACAAUUUGACUUACAUCUUUAUGAGGAACGAGGUGGAAUUAUUGAUAUUACAGUAUGGGACAGAGAUGCUGGCAAAAAGGAUGAUUUUAUUGGCAGGUGCCAGAUUGACCUGUCAACUCUAAGCAAAGAGCACACUCAUAAGCUAGAGCUGCCUCUGGAAGAAGGCGAAGGGCAUCUGGUACUGCUGGUUACAUUGACUGCUUCAGCCGCGGUCACCAUCUCUGAGCUCUCAAUGAAUGCCUUGGAAGACCCAAAGGAACAGAAAGAAAUCCUAAAAAGAUAUAACCUAAUGCAGAUGUUUCAAAAUAUAAAGGAUGUGGGAUUUCUCCAGGUGAAGGUCAUCAGAGCAGAAGGUUUGAUGGCAGCUGAUGUUACAGGUAAAAGUGAUCCAUUUUGUGUAAUUGAAUUGAACAACGAUAGAUUGUUGACCCACACAAUAUAUAAGAACCUUAAUCCUGAGUGGAACAAAAUCUUCACUUUCAAUAUUAAAGAUAUACACUCAGUUCUUGAAGUGACAGUUUAUGAUGAAGAUCGUGAUCGGAGUGCGGACUUCCUAGGCAAAGUGGUUAUUCCAUUAUUGUAUAUUCAAAAUGGUGAACAGAAAGCCUACGUUUUGAAAAACAAGCAGCUGACAGGGCCAACAAAGGGGGUCAUCUAUCUUGAAAUGGAUGUGAUUUUUAAUGCUGUGAAAGCCAGCAUCCAAACAUUAAUUCCCAAAGAACAGAAAUAUAUUGAAGAAGAAAACAGACUAUCUAAACAGCUUCUUCUAAGGAACUUUAUCCGUGUGAAACAUUGCAUCAUGGUCAUUAUAAAUGCUGCCUACUUUAUAAAUGGUUGUUUUGAGUGGGAGUCACCACCAAGAAGUCUGGCUGCUUUUGUGCUUUUCCUUAUUGGAACAUGGAAUUUUGAGCUGUACAUGAUUCCACUGGUCUUGUUCCUGCUGUUGGUGUGGAAUUACUUCUUGAUCUUAUCAGGAAAAGAUAAUCGGCCACAUGAUAAUGUGAUGGAGGACAUGCUAGAGGACGAGGAAGAAGAUGAUGACAGAGAUGACAAGGACAGUGAAAAGAAAGGAUUUAUUAAUAAACUCUAUGCCAUUCAGGAAGUGUGUAUCAGUGUUCAGAACGUCCUUGAUGAGGUGGCUUCUCUUGCAGAAAGGAUUAAGAAUAUAUUCAACUGGACUGUUCCAUUCUUAAGCUGGCUGGCUAUUGUUGCCCUCUGUGUGUUCACAAUCAUGCUGUAUUUCAUUCCACUGAGAUACAUUGUCCUUGUCUGGGGCAUCAACAAAUUUACAAAGAAACUCCGAAAUCCAUAUGCAAUUGAUAACAACGAACUACUUGAUUUUCUUUCCAGAGUCCCUUCAGAUGUGCAAGUGGUGCAAUAUCAAGAACUGAAACAAGACCUUUCUCACAGUCCAAGUAAGAGGAAAUAA